GUUUUUGUUCAAAAAACGCAAUAACAAAGUGUGAGAGGAGAUCAUACGACGUUACCAAUAUUACCAGUCGUGGGAGGCGACGUCAUUGAAGACGCUCUAUUAAUAAAGUCUUUUGCAGCAACAUUUUUCCAGUAGCUCUACCCGCUUCGCGUCUGCGCUGGUCCUGGUUCUAAUAGCAGCUCAAGAUUAAUAACUGUGGCCGAUCCUGUUCAUCAAAAAGCAAAAUGGCUGUCGGUGUUUCAGAUUCCGCAACCGCGCAAGCACAAGAACUCGAGCCGCACGCAUGCGAUUGUUGUGGAACACGGGAAACAGAGGGGUCCGCUAGUGUGCAGUUGAGGGCGUGCACCGGCUGCAAGCGCGUGUACUAUUGUUCGCGUGAAUGCCAAAAACGAGAGUGGAAAAGUCACAAACUCGACUGCAAAAGCAAACGACGUGAAACACGAGGACCGCAGGAGACGACGGCAUCUACGAACCCUGCGUCAUCAACAUCCGCUGCGACGCCCGGGGAGGACGCAUUGGAAGCAGCGAAUGCGGGUAGCGGGGACGAGGGCCGCCGUGCUGACGGCGCUGACGAAGAAGUGGACGCGUUGGAGCAGUUCUGGCGGUGGUUUGAACGUCAAGAACUGCACCAGAUCCCCGCCACGCGUGCCGAUGCUGAGAUGCGAUUCGACCUGCUGAAGCUGAAGUGGGAGCGGACGGAUGCUGCCUCCGAGCCGGAUGUCCGCGUGUGCGUGUCUGUUCUCCUGCUCAAAUUUCUCUCCUACACGAAGUACUACCCACCUGCUGCGGCCUCAACUCCUGGCGCAGCAGGCACACCAGUGGACGAGGGAAACUGCUCUCGCGGGCUGCAGCAGCAUUUCGCAACGAUGACCGACGAGCUCCAGCAAUUCAUCAAGAAAUACAGAUUAGUGGCCGACCUCGCCUUUCGCUCCAGCCUCCGCGACGAUUUUCGAACCGAUAACCAAAAUCCUUUUCGAAAGAAUAAGCACCUGCUGCGCUUGUGGCUGGACGUGUGCCAUGUUACUCUCCUUCUCAUGAACAACACCGAUCAGCUCACGUUUUGUGCGGAAGAAGGAGGAUUCCCGCAGUAUGCACUGCAAAUAUGUCAAGGUCUGGCAGAUUGCAUUUGCAACUUUACGUGCUGAAUCUGAAUCAUGCAAAAAUCUGUGUUGCAUGAGUGCCAGAAGCUGCCCACUUUCGAGCAAGAUGAAGGAGAUUUUCUCAUGUAGGGUAGGCAUGAUAUUUAAUAUGUCAUUCAACUCCCGCAUUCCAGACGAGACGAGACCUCAUGGGCCAUGAAAAGCCUGCAUGACAAAACUUGCACUCAUCUUCCAUUCCCAUUCAUAUUUGCGAUGCAUACGCUGUCUUUUUUGACCAUGUUCACCGACCUUGACCAGGCCGAUGCGCCGUUCGAGGUGGUCGCCAAGUCAUGGUGCGGCGUCGAACUCUUUGGGUUUGUAAGCGAGCAAGACGCUGCGGCUGCGGCGAAGCACAAGACCGAAGAGGACAAGGUUGCGCGCAUUGCCAUCAUCGUCAGUGCGAUCGAAUCGAUCAUCCACUUUGAGCGCAAGUUCUUCUCGCGGAUGCGACAGGAGGUUUCUGGACCGCACGCACUUCCCACACAAUGGACGCUGUAUCCCCUGCGAAAAAUGAUGAAGGCGAUCGACAUUUACUGUGCCGAGGACCUGCCGAAGGUGCUGCGAUCCUUGGUGCAGCACAUGCGGCAGCGCGGUCGUCCCGAUCUGCGAGAGUUGUGGGCACUGGUCCGGUUCACGGGCCUGAUGACGAUGUUGUGCCAUAAUUUCAGUGGCAACGACAUUCAGGCACAAAUGCUGCCGCGGCGGUGUGGGGAGAAGGAGUUUACAAUCGUCGAGACGAAGCCGAUCAUGCGCGAGUGCUUCCACGUGCUGAAAGGCUUUGUGGAUAGUACAACGACCUGCAGCACUUUCCUCCGCACGGGUCUGUACGAGUUUUGGGACAACUGCAUGCUCCUCUUCGGAAACCCGGACGCCACGGAGCUGGUGAACGUCACGCUGCGGCGCCCCGGGUCUUGCACCAUUUGCUUGGAGGACGAGGACGAUCCCCCGGAGUGGAACAUCGGAAAGAUUUACCGCUGCGGUCACUGGCUGCACCUCGACUGCCGCAAAGACUUGAUGGAGCGCGCGCUCGCGGCACAAAAUAAAGGUGCCCUGCCGUGGGGAAUCACGCGGCAACUGGGCAUCCCGCACGACGCGCCGGUCAGGAACAACAAACCGCCCAUCGACCCAGGCUACUGCCAGUACAAGUGCAAAUUCAUCCCGCCCUGGGAAGCCCCCGGCAGCGUGGGAUACAGCACUCAUCUUGGUUUGUUCGACCCCGAUACGGGCUACAUAUCCCUUCCCGACCAUGCGGGGAAGCCGUAUAACGCUGCGUGAUUGAGUAUGUUGGUAUUUUACCGUGAUUUCUACGAGUUCGAAAAUUGGUAGAGCACUGACAAGAAGAAGAUGACACCGUACUACCUUCUGUGCACUCUCAUGGGUGAAGUCAAAGAGGAAAAAGACGUAAACGAAACAGAUGAAGAACACAACACGAAGUAGAACACGCGGCAUUCGCUCGCCUCGGC